AGUUCUAGUUUGUAAUCCAGGUAGCGCUGGUUAAAAAUCAGUCGUCGAGUAAACGUAGCAUUUCGUAACACCUAAAAGGUCUAUAAAAUACCAGGAUUUCUUCAAUCUUUUCUAUCUAAGCUAUAUUAACGUAGAUUCACGUCAAGUAGUUUAGCUUCUAUAACAAGUGUCUAUUUAGCAGAAUGCCCGCAAAAGAAACCCCUCUCUUUGGUGGCUAUAUGAGCACUAUCCUACCACAAAAUUUGACUGAUGCAAGUAAUAUAAGGCAAAUCCCUGAUAACCAAGAAGUUUUUCUGAGUCAAAACGAUCAAAGUUUCAUAAUUGAACUUAUGGAAUACGUUGACAAGAGUGACGAAGAUGCUAUAAGGACUCACUUUGAGGAUUUAAGCGAAGCCAAUGAUGCAAAUAAUCCAGAAAAUUCGAAAAUUAAUUCAAUAGAGAAGAUUGAAAAUUCUAAGCAUUCAUUGAAUGGGUGCGAAUCUGCUUACUACGUCUAUGGCACUCAGAUGGUAUCAAAGUUUAAAGAACAAGCUAGAAAUAGAGUCGAUUUACAUUUGGUUUUAUUUCGUCUACCACAAUACCUAACAGAUAUAUUAGUAACCUUCAACAAUCCAGUAAUAGUCGAUACUCAAAGUAGCAGUUUUGAUCAAGCAACUGCAGUUUCCACAGCACUGACAAAAGAAGAUUUUGAAAAGAUUACAACAAAUUUAAAAUUAUUAGAUCCUGCCCUUUUUGGAUAAUCAAUUGUAUAAAAGAAGCAAAUUAAUAAAUCCUACAAGUAUAAAGUCAUUUUAUUCAUUAGAAAAGCAUUAAUAGUCCAUAAACAGUGCAAAAUAGUAAUAAUAAAAGAUAUAAACAUAUACAUAGAAACAUACAUUAUAGCGUCUACAACUUUCUUAAAUAAUUCAACUUUCGUCCUUCUUUCAUUAAAAAUGAGAAACAAAAAGGAGACAUUUUAGUUCUUGUGGAAAAAUAAUGAAAAACAAUUAAAAGUGAUAUGAUUUUGGUACUUCGGCGACUAAAACUUCUUUUAUAUUUAAAGAGUUUUAGUACAUCAUUGUAAUUAAACAAUUUUAAUUCUAAUCUAAUUGCAUAUACAGUAUAAAUAAUAUAUAUACUCUCUUAGGAAAGAUCAGCAAAAUUCAAGUUAUUUCUAACCAGAUAGAUACAAUAUUAAUAAUCGUAUAAAAAAUUAUUUGUUUUUUUUUUAAUUAUUCCCUUGCUAAAGAUUUAUUUAGAGAGAUUAACACUGAGAGUUAAGGUUUGACAAAAAAUCCUUUUGCUUUGAAACUAUGUCAGCUUAUAAAAUACAGUAAAAGGAGAUAAGAAAUAUAAACAUGCACACAUAGAUUUUCGCUUUUACUAUGUUUUGUAACUACUUGCUUAAAGCUUUGUAUCAGCUAACUUUUUAUUCUCGAAUGGUACAACCCACCCACUAUCUUGAACUCCGUUUGAAGAAUUUGGAUCAAUUUCUCCCUCGGUUAUUAUUGUAUCUGAUACUGGAUUUCCAUAUGAUUUCGGUCGCGUUUGAUAAUCAUUUGGAACUGAGUGCAUCUUUUUUGCGGAAUAAUAGCCUUUUUGUCUACACUUAAUACAAACAAAUGACACAAUAAUAGCCGUUAAACAGACUGUAACAAGAAUAGCAAUUGUGAAGAACAAUAUUAUAUUCUUCUCCCAAAGACUCUUCUCUUUUAUUUCAAGUAAUAACUCAAGGGAUACUUCCGGUCGAAGAUCGUUCUACAUAAAAAGUUAUUUCUGUUAGUAUUUGUUGGAUAAGUUUAGGCGCGUUCUAUAACUACGUCUAUUUCCUGAUAUAGUGUUAGAUUACUCUUAAGAAAUAUUAUAUCCUAUAUCAUAAUGAAAAACUAACCAAUGUCACACAUUCGGAGACGUUUUUAGUCCAGUCCCUUAAUCUAUCAUUUUUAUCGAACUCUGCUCCUUUAAGGUAAUCUAAUAUGUAGGUAUAACAAAAAUUAUCAUUUUUAUAUUUACC